GGGAUCGGGAUGGGCGAGCGGUGAUCCAAGGAAAGCAGCGAUCCAAGGUGGGCUUCUCUCGGCAGGUGUGUGAUGCCCAGCACAGCCAUGAAGAAGAAGGUGCUGCUGAUGGGUAAAAGUGGGUCUGGGAAGACCAGCAUGAGAUCUAUUAUCUUUGCCAACUACAUCGCCCGGGACACACGGCGCCUGGGGGCCACCAUUGAUGUGGAGCAUUCCCAUGUCAGAUUCCUGGGAAACCUGGUGUUAAACCUGUGGGACUGUGGAGGGCAGGACACCUUCAUGGAGAACUACUUCACCAGCCAGAGGGACAACAUCUUCCGCAACGUGGAGGUUCUCAUCUACGUGUUCGAUGUGGAGAGCCGGGAGCUGGAGAAGGACAUGCACUACUACCAGUCCUGCCUGGAGGCCAUUCUGCAGAACUCCCCUGAUGCCAAGAUCUUCUGCCUGGUGCACAAGAUGGACUUGGUGCAGGAGGACCAGCGGGAUUUGAUUUUUAAGGAGCGUGAAGAGGACUUGAAACGCCUCUCCCGGCCCUUGGAAUGUGUUUGUUUUAGAACCUCCAUCUGGGAUGAAACCCUUUACAAGGCCUGGUCCAGCAUCGUGUACCAGCUGAUCCCCAACGUGCAGCAGCUGGAGAUGAACCUGAGGAACUUUGCUCAGAUCAUCGAGGCAGAUGAAGUGCUGCUGUUUGAGAGAGCCACCUUCCUGGUCAUUUCUCACUAUCAGUGCAAAGAGCAGAGGGACGUCCACAGGUUUGAGAAAAUCAGCAACAUCAUCAAACAAUUCAAGCUGAGCUGCAGUAAACUGGCAGCCUCUUUCCAGAGCAUGGAGGUCAGGAACUCUAACUUUGCUGCUUUCAUUGACAUCUUUACAUCCAACACAUACGUGAUGGUGGUUAUGUCAGACCCUUCCAUACCUUCCGCGGCCACGCUGAUCAACAUCCGCAACGCCAGGAAACACUUUGAGAAGCUGGAGAGGGUGGAUGGCCCAAAGCACAGCCUGCUCAUGCGCUGAUCCCAGGCUUUGGGGGCAGGAAGCAUGGAUUUGGGACUACUUUUUAGGAGAAUCUAACACUGUCGAUGUCUUUGUUGGGCUUUAUGAGUGUGCUGCUUUGUUUUCUCUCCUUUUCACGUCGGACACUAGAGGCUCAGAGGAUGUCUGGAUACACUGCGGACCUUCAGAGACUUCCCUGGCACCCCGUGGGCUUGGGAAGGAGGCAGGACAGGUGAUAUGCCCGUGGGCUGGUGCUCUCAGGUGGAUGUUUUGCUGCCAGGAGGACAUUUUAAGUCCCAGGAAUAUGGGAUAUUUAGUGGUUUCUUGGUUGGUUGCUUGAAUAAGUUUCUGAAUUUCUCCUUGUCUUCGAUCAUGAAAUUAAAUUUUUUGCUACCAGGGAUUUCAGAUCCUA